AUGGGCGAGGAGGCCAUGUUCAGUCCCCAGCUGAUGAUUCAGGCACCGCGGCAGGAGGGCGCUAACGUGCUCACUGUGGAGGCACUGCAACAACACCUGGACUCAGCCAUCAAGGCCAGCAGAGUGCAUGUUUACCUCUUUAACAGGUGACACACACACACACACACACACACACACACACACACACACACACACACACACGGUCAAACAAAUGAUGUUUUAGAUCAUUCAUAGCUGUUGUGUAAGUGAUAUAUUGAACGUCUCCUUUUCAGACAAUGGAAAUUGGAACAUUUAUGCUACAAAUCAGGAGAAAUGGUUACCGAAGCUCAUUUUAUGGACCAGGUAAGCAUGAGUGAACUGAGUUUGUCUCUCUAUUUCUACACCAAACACCGCCUCUCAUACAGAGGAUUAUAAUGUGAUUAGUAGUUGCAGAGCGUCAGUGGUAACAUGGUGCCUGCUGUCUUCGAUCAGAUCAUUGAGAAGAUGUUGUGAUGUUACUAUAAUGUGAUGUUAUUAUAAUGUGAUGUUCUACUGUACUGAUUAUAGCACCAGUGGUAACAUGGUGUCUGCUGUCUCCUGUCAGAUCAUUGAGAAGCUCCACCCCUGUCUCAUCAUCACUCCGCUUGACUGUUUCUGGGAGGGAGCCAAGCUCCAGUCUGGAAUGGUCUACCUCCCGUGAGUACACAUUAUACACAUCACACAUUAUACACAUCACACAUUAUACACAUCACACAUUAUACACAUCACACAUUAUACACAUCACACAUUAUACACAUCACACAUUAUACACAUCACACAUUAUACACAUCACAUCACACAUUAUACACACCACACAUUAUACACAUCACAUCACACAUACACACCACACAUUAUACACAUCACACAUUAUACACACCACACAUUAUACACAUCACAUAUUAUACACAUCACAUCACACAUUAUACACACCACACAUUAUACACACCACACAUUAUACACACCACACAUUAUACACAUCACACAUUAUACACAUCACACAUUAUACACAUCACACAUUAUACACACCACACAUUAUACACACCACACAUUAUACACAGCACACAUUAUACACACCACACAUUAUACACAUCACACAUUAUACACAUCACACAUUAUACACAUCACAUCACACAUUAUACACACCACACAUUAUACACACCACACAUUAUAUACAUCAGAGAGAGAGAGAGAGAGAGAGAGAGAGAGAGAGCGAGAGAGAGAGAGAGAGAGAGAGAGAGAGAGAGAGAGAGAGAGAUAGAGAGAGAGAGAGAGAGAGAGAGAGAGAGAGAGAGAGAGAGAGAGAGAGAGAGAGAGAGAAAAAAAAUACUUGAGAUCCACAAAGAAUUAGAAAACAAACCCAAUUUUGAUCAAUAGUCUACCUGUAUUUGUGAAUGAUCUGGUUCAUUCUCCUCAUGCUGAUUGGAUGUUGUGUGUGUGUGUCUCCCCCCUUCACAGCGGUAAGCCCCCUCUGCAGUGGACCAACUUUGACCCCAAGGAGUUUCUGACGGAGCUUCGGGCCCUGAAGUUCCAGGUAGACAGCUGGGAGGUGAUGCUGGAGAAGGCUGACGUGGGCCAUGGAUACAUGGACCGGCCCUGUCUCAACCCCCAAGACCCAGACUGUCCCCUCACUGCCCCCAACAAGAACACCACCAAGGUACACACACACAGGACGCAGAAACACACACAUCCAUGUAUAUGCUGUUUGUACACAUGCAUGCAUGCAGACACAGAUCCAUUGACUAUGUUGUUGUGUUGCAGCCCUUUGACCUCGCUCGCAUCCUGACUGGCGGCUGCCAUGGCCUCUCCAGGAAGUACAUGCACUGGCAGGAAGAGCUGAUUGUAGGGGGGACCACCAAGAAUGGCACCGGACCACUACUCAGGUGAGAGAGAGAGAGAGAGAGAGAGAGAGAGAGAGAGAGAGGAGCGGCGCGAGAGAGAGAGAGAGAGAGAGAGAGGAGAUAGAGAGAUAGAGAGAGAGAGAGAUAGAGAGAGAGAGAGAGAGAUAGAGAGAGAUAGAGAUAGAGAGAGAGAGAGAUAGAGAGAGUAGAAUAGAGAUAGCUAUAGAGAUCUGAUAUGAGAUAUAGAGAGUAUAGAGCGUUAGAGAUAGAGAGAUAGAUGAGAUAGAUAGAGAGAUAUUAUACAGUGGAUCUAGUGUCCAGGCAGCACAUCCAGAGUUGAGCAGGAACAGCUGGAGCUCUUAGAUUUCACUGGAAUCUGCUAAUGACUGCUAGAUUUACUGCACUGCAACACACACAGCCUGCCACUUAAAACACACACUAACACUCAGUUGGCCAGGGUACAUACUGUACAUGUAUACAUAAACAAAGUGCUCUCCCAGUAACAUUUAGUGUGCAUCCAAAAUGGCACCCCGUUCCCUAUACAUAGCGAAUAGAGUGCCAUUUGGGAUGCAUCCUUACUAUAGGUCAGAAUGCACAGUAAGCACUUUCUGCCUAGCCGGGUUAGGAGAGAACUGGACUAUGGAGAUCUGCUUGUGACUCAACAAAUGCCCUGGAGAUUUUCUAAUUCAAGUGCAGUUUAAAGUAGGCUUGCACUGGAUCCCUUUGCUCUAAACACACACACACACACAGUGUGUAUUUCUUUGUUUUUGUGGUUGUGUUUUUGCUUGGUUGGCAGUGACGGGUCGUUAUGGGUGUGGGUGUGUUUAUGUUCAUGCGUGUGUGUGUGAGUCUGGGUGAGUGUGUGUGUUCACAUUAGUAUGCGUGUGUUAUUUAGCUGCCCACGGGAUGUUUAGAUGGGUGGCGGGCGGCAGGCAUGACGGGCAUGGCAUUUAUGCUGCUGCUUACAGGGCAUUUUGCUGCCUGGCAUUGUGUCACUGCCCACAGUGGCACUACCCACGAUGCUUACUGCCUACAUCACCUUUACUAGUUUCAUUACCCACAAUGAUGAAGGCGAAUGUCAGCCCAGGAUCUCUGUAACAUAAUAAUAAUAUCAGCCCCGGAUCUCUGUAACAUAAUAAUAAUAUCAGCCCAGGAUCUCUGUAACAUAAUAAUAAUAUCAGCCCAGGAUCUCUGUAACAUAAUAAUAAUAUCAGCCCAGGAUCUCUGUAACAUAAUAAUAAUAUCAGCCCAGGAUCUCUGUAACAUAAUAAUAAUAUCAGCCCAGGAUCUCUGUAACAUAAUAAUAAUAUCAGCCCAGGAUCUCUGUAACAUAAUAAUAAUAUCAGCCCCGGAUCUCUGUAACAUAAUAAUAAUAUCAGUCCAGGAUCUCUGUAACAUAAUAAUAAUAUCAGCCCCGGAUCUCUGUAACAUAAUAAUAAUAUCAGCCCAGGAUCUCUGUAACAUAAUAAUAAUAUCAGCCCAGGAUCUCUGUAACAUAAUAAUAAUAAUAAUAAUAUCAGCCCAGGAUCUCUGUAACAUAAUAAUAAUAAUAAUAUCAGCCCAGGAUCUCUGUAACAUAAUAAUAAUAUCAGCCCAGGAUCUCUGUAACAUAAUAAUAAUAUCAGCCCAGGAUCUCUGUAACAUAAUAAUAAUAUCAGCCCCGGAUCUCUGUAACAUAAUAAUAAUAAUAUCAGCCAAGGAUCUCUGUAACAUAAUAAUAAUAAUGUCUGGUUGAAUUUUAUCUUUUAGAUUUUAAUAAUUUUCAUUUAGAUUUUUAAGGUUAACCACAUUACAAUGAUUUUGAGAUAUAAAGAUGAUAUAAUAUACACAAAAUAUUCAAAAGUAUGUGGACACCCCUUCAAAUUAGUGGAUUCGGCUAUUUCAGCCACAACCGUUGCUGACAGGGUUAUACAAUCGAGCACACAGCCAUGCAAUCUCCAAAGACAAACAUUGGCAGUAGAAUGGCCUUACUGAAGAGCUCAGUGACUUUCAACGUGGCACUGUCAUAGGAUGCCACCUUUCCAACUAGUCAGUUCGUCAAAUUUCUGCCCUGCUGGAUCUGCCCCGGUCAACUGUAAGUGCUCUUUUUGUCAAGUGGAAACGUCUAGGAGCAACAACGGCUCAGCCAUGAAGUGGUAGGCCACACAAGCUCACAGAAUGGGACCGCCGAGUGUUGAAGCCUGUUGCGCGUAAAAAUGGAGGAGGAAUAAUGGUCUGGGGCUGUUUUUCAUGGUUCGGGCUAGGCCCCUUAGUUCUAGUGAAGGCAAAUCUUAACGCUACAGCAUACAAUCACAUUUGUGGCAACAGUUUGGGGAAGGCCCUUUCCUGUUUCAGCUUGACAAUGCCCCCGUGCACAAAGCGAGGUCCAUACAGAAAUGGUUUGUCGAGAUCGGCAUGGAAGAACUUGACUGGCCUGCACAGAGCCCUGACCUCAACCCCAUCGAACACCUUUGGGAUUAAUUGGAAUGCCGACUGCGAGCCAGUCAAGUCCCCACAGCAAUGUUCCAACAUCUAGUGGAAAGCCUUCCCAGAGGAGUGGGGAUUGUUAUAGCAGCAAAGGAGGGACCAACUCCAUAUUAAUGCCCAUGAUUUUGGAAUGAGAUGUUCGACGAGCAGGUGUCCACAUACCUUUGGUCAUGUAGUGUGUAUAUAUAUAUAUACAUUUACAUUUUAGUCAUUUAGCAGACGCUCUUAUCCAGAGCGACUUACAGUUAGUGAAUACAUAUUUUUUUAUAUACUGGCCCCCCGUGGGAAUCGAACCCACAACCCUGGCGUUGCAAACGCCAUGCUCUAUCAACUGAGCUACAUCCCUGCCGGCCAUUCCCUCCCCUACCCUGGACGACGCUGGGCCAAUUGUGCGCCGCACAAUAUAUAUAUAUAUAUAUAUUAGGAAAUUAUCCCGUGACCCCUAGUUUGGGAACCGCUGCUCCAGUGUAUCUGACAUGUGUUCUCUUUGUCGUGUGUGUGUGUGUGCGUGCUUGUGUGUGUGUAGUGCCCAGGCGUUACAGACAAUGUUCCAGCUGAUGACUCCUAAGCAGAUGUUUGAACACCUGAAGGGCUAUGAGGAGGUGUCCCAUAUCAACUGGAACCAAGAUAAGGCUGCUGCCAUACUGGAGGCCUGGCAGAGGAAAUACUCAGAGGUAA